AUGUCAAGCUUCUCGAGUCGCACCAUGGACAAGUCGUCUGUGCCCUUUACCGUCCGGGUUCUCGAUGACGCCGUCAAUCCCACAGGGACAGUGCAGGAGCCAAGAGACUGGAGCGAUCUACUACCUGCAACGAGCCGAACCAAGCACGAUCACAUCACCGUGCCGCAGGCCGACGACAUUGAGUUUCUGGAACGAGAGCUGCUCGUCCGACGAAUCAAUGAUGUCCAGGAUCUCCUCUGGAUCUGCGGCCGUCCAAUGCCACCUCGGCCUCUCCAUUACCAGACGAUAUCGCGCGAUAUCCACAUCACAGAGAACCCCGAACUGCAUCUCGUCUGGGCGAAGAACCGGAUUUUCGUCAAGCCGAUACCACGGUGGCUGCUGAGCCCAGACUUCUGGGCCGCCAACUUGGUCGAAGCCUCGGGCAAUCAGUCUGAUCCACGGAAGCAGCAGCUUGUCUCCUGCGCGCUCGGUUUCCUCUUCACUUACACAGCCCUCAUCGCGUACGAGAGCGACUUCCGCAUAGCCGUCGAAAGAGGCUUGGUCCCGGAUCGGAUGAACUGGUACCAAUGGAAGGCAAUAUCGGCCCAGAUCGCGCAGAACCAUUGUUAUGCGUCCGUCAACCCGCGGUAUUGGUACGGCGAGCUUCGUCUCAGUCGGCUGAAUAAGAUUUACCGCAUCCGCUUGGGAUACCUGCUCCGGGGGUAUUCCAAGGUAGUCUCUCACGCCGUGUACGAAGAUUUGAUCCGGGACAACUUUGCAACGCUGGCGGCGAUGCUCGGUUAUGUUGUCAUCGUCUUGACAGCGAUGCAGGUUGGCUUAGCCACGGACAGACUCGUUAGUGACAGUGCGUUUCAGAGUCUGGGGGGUGACUAA